CGGGCAUCAAUUUCCUACUGACUUAGAGCUUCACUUCAGCCUCAUUCGGGGCAUCUGAGAACACUGGGUCGCAGUGCACGAUCUCUGAGACUCUUCACCAUGUACCCCAGGUUGCAGGGAAUUUUCCCAGCACUGUGUCUCCUUGGGGUCCUGUCUCUACUGCAGUGCCCAUUUGUCCUGUGCGAGGUAUGUUGCCCGACACCAGAGCUGAAGAAUGGCAAAAUCAAUGAACAGAGAUCUAGUUCUGUCAGUAGCUGUGAUUUUUUCAAUGGAGACACAAUUUUAUAUACGUGUCAUGAGAAAUACCAGUUUGAAGCUAGAUGUCAAGCAGAUGGCAAGUGGUAUCCCAAGACACCAACAUGUGAUGAGAGCUGUGAUUUUCCUCCUACCAUUGACCAUGGAUAUUAUGUACGAACUCAAGCAUUCAGUGUAUUCGCUCUUACGGAGGUGAUAUAUAAAUGUGACAAAGGAUACACUCUGGUUGGUGAAGCUCGACUCUCUUGCAGUUCUUCAGGCUGGUCUCCUGCAGCCCCUCAAUGUAAAGUUUUCUGUCUGAAACCGGAAAUAGCCCACGGAAAGCUGUCCGUGGAUAAGACUGAAUACGUUCAAGCUGAAAAUGUCAACAUCCAGUGUGACUCUGGCUAUAAGUUGGUCGGUCCCCAAAGCAUCACUUGCUCAGAGAGCACAACCUGGGACCCCGAGGUACCCAAGUGUGAGUGGGUUGUCCCUGAAGGCUGUGAACAUAUGCUCGCAGGCAGGAAGGUCAUGCAGUGUCUCCCCAACCCUGAGGAUCUGAAAAUAUCCCUGGAGAUGUAUAAAUUGUCUUUAGAGAUUGAACUACUGGAAUUGCAAAGAGACAACGCAAGAAAAACAACUGUGGACCCCCCACUGUAAUUUCUCCCAAAAGAGGGAAAAACACGCUGCCUUCAAUUCAACGCAGAUCACUUCAGCUUACCAAUGCUCCUGUCCCCUUUGCACCAUCAUUCAUAGUAAUAAAUGUCUAGAAAGGACAAUUUGUUCACAUUUAGUGCUUUGAGACUAUAGAAUUAUUGAUCAUCUCGUGGCUCAUGUUUUUGCUUUCUUGGACACCAAGUGCCCAUUAUUCUUUCAAGUAAAAAAUUUACGUAUCAGAAA